AGACAGUAAAUAAAUAUAACACCUAACUCUAGCAAAGCUCCAGCACUGUCUCCAGGCAGCUUCACUCGGCCCGGGUUAUCAUUAUUAAUAAUUUCCCAGCCAGGCUGUCACUACCGGCGCAAAUCAGCCGGCUCCAGGCCCCUCUCCCAGCCGCCGCCGCAGUCCCGGCUCGGAAAAGAGGAUGCUCGGCGUGUGUGACCCGCCUUUGCUCUGUGUCUGUGCUGCAGGUGGGGAGAAGGCAGAACGGAAGCGGAGCUGGCGGCCGGCGGUGGCAGAGCAGUCCCCAGACCCUCGAGCAAGUCGCCUCACCACGUCCGGAGAAGCCCGCGGACCUAUCCACUGGGGCGGAGCCAGGCCUCGAAGGCCGGGGGUGCCCGCCCCCCAUGUUCCGCAGUAGGCGCAAAAGUGAUGUCAUGCCCAUUGUUUUGGUGCGCCCAGCCAAUCGGACUCGCCGCCUGGAUUCUACCGGAGCCGGCAUGGGCCCUUCCUCGCACCAGCAGCAGGAGUCCCCGCUCCCGACUAUAACGCAUUGCGCAGGGUGCACCACCGCUUGGUCUCCCUGCAGCUUUAACAGCCCGGACAUGGAAACCUCAUUGCAGUUCCAGCGCGGCUUCUUCUCGGAGCCGCCGCCGCCGCCGCGCCCCUCGCACCUGCACUGCCAGCAGCACCAGAGCCAGGACAAGCCGCGCCCGCCCUUCGCGCCCCUCCCGCACGCUCCCCGCCACCCGCAGCCGGGCAGCGGCGGGAGCAGCCCAUGCCUCCGGUGCAACAGCUGCGCCGCCUGCGGGGCCCCGGGGGCGGGCGCGGGGGCGGGGGAUAACCUGUCCCUGCUGCUCCGCACCUCCUCGCCGCUGUCGGGCUCGUCGUGCGGCUGCUGCUCGUCUCGCCGGGGCAGCCAGCUCAAUGUGAGCGAGCUGACGCCGUCCAGCCAUGCCAGUGCGCCCCGGCAGCACUACACGCAGCAGCCGGCGCCCGCCUCCCAGUACCACCAGUGCCACAGCCGCCAGCCCGCCGCCAGUCCCACGGGCAGCCUGGGCAGCCUGGGCUCCGGGCCCGCGCUCUCGCACCACCACCAUCCGCACCCGGCGCACCACCACCCGCACCAGCCCCCGGCGCGCCGCGAGAGCAACCCUUUCACCGAAAUAGCCAUGAGCAGCUGCAGGUACAACGGGGGCGUCAUGCGGCCGCUCAGCAACUUGAGCGCGUCCCGCCGGAACCUGCACGAGAUGGACUCGGAGGCACAGCCACUGCAGCCGCCCGCGGCCGUCGGAGGAGGUGGCGGCUCGUCCUCCCCGUCUGCAGCCGCCGCCGCUUCGUCCUCGGCCCCGGAGAUCGUGGUGUCUAAGCCGGAGCACAACAACUCCAACAACCUGGCGCUCUAUGGAGCCGGCAGCGGAGGCAGCACGGGAGGAGGCGGCGGCAGCGGCGGCGGGCACGGCAGCAGCGGCGGCCCCAAGUCCAGCAAAAAGAAGAACCAGAACAUCGGCUACAAGCUGGGCCACCGGCGCGCCCUGUUCGAGAAGCGCAAGCGGCUCAGCGACUACGCGCUGAUCUUCGGCAUGUUCGGCAUCGUGGUCAUGGUCAUCGAGACCGAGCUGUCGUGGGGCGCCUACGACAAGGCGUCGCUGUAUUCCUUAGCUCUGAAAUGCCUUAUCAGUCUCUCCACGAUCAUCUUGCUCGGUCUGAUCAUCGUGUACCACGCCAGGGAAAUACAGUUGUUCAUGGUGGACAAUGGAGCAGAUGACUGGAGAAUAGCCAUGACUUAUGAGCGUAUUUUCUUCAUCUGCUUGGAAAUACUGGUGUGUGCUAUUCAUCCCAUACCUGGGAAUUACACGUUCACAUGGACGGCCCGGCUUGCCUUCUCCUAUGCCCCAUCCACAACCACCGCUGACGUGGAUAUUAUUUUAUCUAUACCAAUGUUCCUAAGACUCUAUCUGAUUGCCAGAGUCAUGCUUUUACAUAGCAAACUUUUUACUGACGCCUCCUCUAGAAGCAUUGGAGCGCUUAAUAAGAUAAACUUCAAUACGCGUUUUGUUAUGAAGACUUUAAUGACUAUAUGCCCAGGAACGGUACUCUUGGUUUUUAGUAUCUCAUUAUGGAUAAUUGCCGCGUGGACUGUCCGAGCCUGUGAAAGGUACCAUGACCAACAGGAUGUUACCAGCAACUUCCUUGGGGCCAUGUGGUUGAUAUCAAUAACUUUUCUCUCCAUUGGAUAUGGUGACAUGGUACCUAACACAUACUGUGGGAAAGGAGUCUGUUUGCUUACCGGAAUCAUGGGUGCUGGUUGUACAGCCCUGGUGGUAGCUGUUGUGGCAAGGAAGCUAGAACUUACCAAAGCAGAAAAACAUGUGCACAACUUCAUGAUGGAUACUCAGCUGACUAAAAGAGUGAAAAAUGCAGCUGCCAAUGUACUCAGGGAAACAUGGCUAAUUUACAAAAAUACAAAGCUGGUCAAAAAGAUAGAUCAUGCAAAAGUUAGAAAACAUCAGCGAAAAUUCUUGCAGGCUAUUCAUCAAUUAAGAAGUGUAAAAAUGGAGCAGAGGAAACUGAAUGACCAAGCAAAUACCUUGGUGGACCUGGCAAAGACCCAGAACAUCAUGUAUGACAUGAUUUCUGACUUAAAUGAAAGGAGUGAAGACUUUGAGAAGAGGAUUGUUACCGUGGAAACGAAACUAGAGACUUUGAUUGGGAGCAUCCACACCCUCCCUGGGCUCAUCAGCCAGACCAUCCGGCAGCAGCAGAGAGAGUUGAUCGAGGCUCAGAUGGAGAACUAUGACAAGCAGGUCACCUACAACACUGAGCGGUCCCGGUCCUCGUCCAGGAGACGGCGGUCUUCCUCUACGGCGCCACCAACUUCAUCAGAGAGUAGCUAGAAGAGAAUCAGUUAACCACAAAAUAAGACUUUUUGCCAUCAUAUGGUCAAUAUUUUAGCUUUUAUUGUAAAGCCCCUAUGGUUCUAAUCAGCGUUAUCUGGGUUCUGAUGUCAGAAUCCUGGGAACCUGAACACUAAGUUUUAGGCCAAAAUGAGUGAAAACUCUUUUUUUUUUCUUUCAGAUGCACAAGGAAUGCACCUAUUAUUGCUGUAUAGAUUGUUCCUCCUGUAAUUUCACUAACUUUUUAUUCAUGCACUUCAAACAGACUUUACUACUACAUUAUAUGAUAUAUAAUAAAAAAAGUUAAUUUCUGCA